GGCUGAUUGGCAGCAGCUGCAGCUCUACCUGCAGAAGCAGGAGGCUCAGAUCACCUCAAAUGGUUGGAGCUCAUGGACGAGUCGGCGUUGGAGCGGUAUUUCGAUGACUCCAUUGCAAACGACUCUGGCUUCACGUUGGACGAGGAGCUCCAGAACUCCUCAGACCAUGAAGCCUCCACCUCCUCGUUUCUGCCGAAGAAAUCUGCAGCGAGGGUCGAAGCUGGCGACGACCUCGACCUCAGCUUCCUGCCUGACGAGCUCAGCAAUCAGGACGAGCAAAGUGGCCGAACAGCUGCUGCUGCAGAGCCUCCAGCUGCAGCUCUGGAUGUUUCUCAGGACAGUGGAGUCCCUGAGGAGUUCCACCUGCAGGACUCGUCUGCAGCUCCGCCCCAGCAGGGCGUGUCCUCGGCAGGACCAGGGACGGGGGCUUCCCCCUUCUGCCCUAUGACCCCCAUGACCCCCAUGACUCCCAUGACGCCGGUGACGGAGAGAUCAGGAAUCAUCCCUCAGCUGCAGAACAUCGUCUCCACGGUGACCCUGGGGUGUUUUCUGGAUCUGAAGUUCAUCGCGCUGCAGGCCAGGAACGCAGAAUACAACCCGAAGCGCUUCGCGGCGGUCAUCAUGAGGAUCCGCGAGCCCAGAACAACCGCUCUGAUCUUCAGCUCAGGGAAGAUGGUCUGCACCGGCGCCAAGAGCGAGGAGCAGUCCAGGCUGGCGGCUCGGAAAUACGCUCGGGUGGUCCAGAAGCUGGGCUUCCCGGCCCGCUUCCUGGAGUUCAAGAUCCAGAACAUGGUGGCGAGCUGCGACGUCUGCUUCCCCAUCAGACUGGAAGGUCUGGUUCUGACCCAUCAGCAGUUCAGCAGUUAUGAGCCCGAGUUAUUUCCAGGCCUCAUCUACCGGAUGGUGAAACCUCGAAUCGUUCUGCUCAUUUUUGUAUCUGGGAAGGUGGUUCUGACAGGAGCUAAAGAACGAGCGGAGAUUUAUGAAGCUUUUGAGAACAUUUAUCCCAUCCUGAAAGGUUUCAGGAAGCAGUGACGAAGCUGACAUUUCUGUUUUCUUAUGUAAAUAAAUGUAAUAUAUAUUUAUUGUUUAUGUUCCAGUUUGUGUCACAUCACCAACUUGCUCAUUUGUAAAUAAAUUUUGAAUUUCUUUUCUUGA